AUGCAGAUCCAAGAUCACGAACUCACAUAUAUCGAGUUGCUUAAGUAUGGAGUGCAACAAGAAAUACAAGCAGGUUGUAGUUAUUCAUAUAAAACUAGGAAAGAAAGAAAUCAAAUCCAAUUUAAUUGUAAGUGGCCGAAUUGUCCAUGUCGCUUCCUUGUUGAUACACUUCCCGAUGACAAGUACCACAUACGAAAAUGUAUUAACACCCACAAUCAUUCUGCCCCUUUUCCAAAC